AAAACAGGUGGAAAUAUUUUCACUGCACUUAAAAAAAACAUGCCUUAGGGAGCCAAUUAAAGGCAGCUUUAUAAGAGUGGGGUUUUGUUUUUUUUUUUCAGGUUAAACUGCAACAAACUUGAAAAGGUAGUAGAAUUCAGCUCAAGGCCGCUUACAGGUUAAUGCUUGUGAGUAACCAAUACAAUAUAUAAUGCCUUUAAAGGAGGAUUUUUAGCAUAAUAAAUACUUCCUGUACUUGAAUAAGAGUUUUAAUGCAGAAUAUUAACUUGGAGAGUAGAGUAUACUUUAAAAAAAAAUUGUACAAUUCAUUUUACUUUAAAUUCAUUUAGUCCUGCCCUUUGUGGUAUAUAGUAAAGUCAGUGCAAAGUAAAACAGUGUUGUAAAUACAGAGCUGCAUGCUGGGAAACCUGAGGCUGGUUUAUGGUUUAUAAAAAUAAAAAAAAACAUAACAGGACAAAAGUUUAUGUUGAAUUAUUUUCUAAGCCUUAAAUUUGAACGAACUGUCUCAUUCAGGCUCGUUGGACCAGCGUUUGUGUCAUUUCUGACGAGCCUACAGCCCCCAUAAUGCACUCGGCGCGUAUCGUUUCCGGUCUUGCGCCGUUUCUGGAGCGGAUUGGAACCCGGAGUCAGGAUUCGAUAAAUGAAGGGUCUUCUGCAGAGAAGGUAACGUGUUUCCCCAUAAACGUACGUACAUUUUCUACAAAAUGGCGACGCAGUUCAGUAGUAGAGGUGCAGCCGGUUCGUCCGCCUCGCUCCGGCUUCUCGGGAGCCGCCUCCGCUGCCGGCUGCUUGCCGUUGAAGAGCACCGACUCCGGUUUGGUGGUUUGCGUCUCCGGUCCAUCCGCCAUGCCGACUGUUCUUUGUUACAUUCUACUGAAGAGGAGCCGCUCAGAUCGGAGUUAAAACCCGGCUACAGUUUGGGAACCGCUCAAAUCCUGGAUCCCCGUGUCCUGUCCCGAUAGCACACGUUAAUGUGCCCGCUCAACUGUGUCGCUUCCACCAGAAACUAGCUAGUGUUGUCAUUUGUACAUAAUGCUGUUUACCAAGGAGGGGUGAUGUGUUCAACACAGCUGAAGUGUCCCGGGUUAAUGUGUGUGGGAGGCGCUGAAGUUUGCAUAAUGGCUGAGCAGACGCCAGAUGAGUUCGUCUGGUGUGAUGACUGUGGCCAGUACCAUGACUCCGAGUGUCCUGAGUUGGGGCCCCUGGUGACUGUCCAGGACUCCUUCGUCCUGAGCCGGGCCCGGUCAUCUUUACCGAGCAGUCUAGAGAUCAGACCGCUGGCUGAUGGGGAGGAGGGGGUGUUCGUCCUGCACCGGCUGGUCAAGAGGACCCGGUUUGGGCCCUUUGAGGCUAAGAGGGUCUCCCACCUGGAGAAGGAAGGAGCGUUCCCUCUGAAGAUCUUCCAGAGGGAUGGCGUGGUCGUGUGUUUUGACUCUAGCAGCGAGGAAGACUGCAACUGGAUGAUGCUGGUGCGACCUGCCACCGACUACCACCACCAGAAUCUGACAGCCUAUCAGCAGGAGGAUGACCUGUACUUCAACACCUCCCAGGAUGUGCUGCCGGGAACAGAGCUGAGGGUCUGGUACGGAGCUUUCUAUGCCAAGAAAAUGGAGAAGCCCAUGCUUAAACCUCCACUUCUGCCACCUCCUCCUCCAUCAGAGACCUCAGAGAAAAGUGGAGUCCACAUGCCUCCAGUGGCAGAAGAAAACAGUGCAGGCAACAUGCUGAGUCAUCUCGACGACGGGAAGACGGCAGCGGAGCUUCCAGUCGACCCGCUCCUGCCUCAGGAGGUCGGUCCCGAUGAGGACGACGGCGACCCCCCCGCGGCUCAGCCGGUCCCGAGGAGAGCGCAGGGCCGAGGGAGGAGAGCCAAGGGACGCCGGCCCGGAGCUGCAGCCGCCACAAGCAGAAACAAAGAUGUGAAGCCUUUGACGGAGAGCUCCGAGCCGGUGGCCUCAGAGGCAGUAGCAGCAACAGCAGCAGUAGCAGCGAGCAGCGGCCUGCUGAGCACUCCUGACAGCACGGCAGUCCUGAAGAGACACAAAACCCGAGAGCACAAGAGGGUGUACCGCUGCUCCCUCUGCAACAAGGUCUUCCAGAACAGCAGCAACCUGAACAGACACAUCCGCUCACAUGGUGAUAAGCUGUUCAAAUGCGACGAGUGUGACAAGUUGUUCAGCCGCAAGGAGAGUCUUAAGCAGCACAUCUCUUACAAGCACAGCAAGAACAUGCCUGACCAGGAGUACAAAUAUAAAUGCAACACAUGUGAGAAAUCCUUUCGCCUGGAAAAUGCCUUAAAGUUUCACAACUGCCGGACAGACGACAAGACGUUCCAGUGCGACAUCUGCUCGCGCUUCUUCUCCACCAACAGCAACCUCUCCAAGCACAAGAAGAAGCACGGCGAGAAGCUCUACUCCUGUGAAAUCUGCAACAAGAUGUUCUACCGCAAAGACGUGAUGCAGGAGCACCACAGGAGGCACGGCGUGGGACCAAAGCACAUGAAGAGAGAGGAGCUGGAGACCAACGGGGAAGAAGGGACCAAGUACAGGAAGGAGCCGUCCCCCUGUCCCAUCUGUGGCAAGGUGUUCUCUUGCAGGAGCAACAUGAACAAGCAUCUGUUGACUCACGGCGAUAAGAAGUACACCUGUGAGAUCUGCGCCCGAAAGUUCUUCCGCGUGGACGUCCUGCGAGAUCACAUUCACGUCCACUUCAAGGACAUAGCCUUAAUGAACGAGCAGGAGAGAGAGGGCUUCAUCAAGAAGAUCGGCAUUUCAGCAGACGACAGCGACGACUCGGACGAUGACGAGGAUGAAGACGAUCCCGAGCACCACAAGUACAACUGCAAGAAAUGCCAACUGUCAUUCGCGAAGGGCAGAGAGUACCUGAAGCACAUCAUGGAGCAGCACAAGGAGAGGGGCUACGGCUGCGGGAUCUGUAACCGACGCUUCGCACUGAAGGCCACAUACAACGCUCACCUGGUCAUCCACAGAGAGCAGCUGCCUGACCCCGCGGUGCAGAAGUACAUCCAUCCAUGUGAAAUAUGUGGAAGAAUCUUUAAUAGCAUCGGCAACCUCGAGAGGCACAAGAUCAUCCACACUGGGGUGAAGAGCCACAGCUGUGAUAAGUGUAACAAAUCCUUCGCCAGGAAGGACAUGCUGAAGGAGCACCUCAGGGUCCACGAUGACAUCCGAGACUUCCUGUGUGCGGAGUGCGGGAAAGGCAUGAAGACCAAGCACGCUCUGAGGCACCACAUGAAGCUUCACAAGGGCAUCAAAGAGUACGAGUGUAAGGAGUGCAACCGCAAGUUUGCCCAAAAGGUCAACAUGCUGAAACACUACAAGAGACAUACGGGUAUAAAGGACUUCAUGUGUGAGCUGUGCGGAAAGACGUUCAGUGAGAGGACGACUCUAGAAACACACAAGCUCAUCCACACAGUGGGUAAGACAUGGACCUGUGAGACGUGCGACAAGAAGUACCUGACAGAGUACAUGCUGCAGAAGCACGUCCACCUGACUCACGAGAAGGUGGAGGCCCAGUCGUGCCACCUCUGUGGGACCAAGGUGUCCACCCGCGCUUCCAUGAACCGACAUCUGCGACGCAAGCACCCAGAGGUGGUGUCCGUAAGAAUCGAUGAGUUUGAUGAUCUUCAGGAAACUUCGACAAUCAAUGACUCGUCUAUCAGCAUUGUGCAGCCCACUCUGACCCUUGAUAAAGACGGCAUGGCUCAGGACAGGCCCAGCCGGUCCUCCCGACACCCCAAGAAGAAGCAGAGAGUUCAGGCUGAGCCGGAGCUUUCCGAGUCCGACGAAUAUGUUGAUUUCACCGAGCAGAGGCACGAAACCAUGACCGAAUACAACACUGUCAUCGUCGGCGAGGAGACUGAGACGAGCUCUGCUGUGCAGAGCAUCCAACAGGUGGUGGUCCUGGCCGACCCCAACGCUCCGUCAGCCGCCUCACCAAACAGCUCUGUGGGGCUGACCAACAUCACCGUCACGCCCAUCACCAGCCACCCCCCCGCCCAGUUCACCAGCCUGCAGCCUGUAGCUGUGGGCCACCUGACGGCCAGCGACCGGCCACUCACCCUGGACAACUCCAUCCUCACUGUCACCUUCGACGCCGUCAGCGGCUCCGCCAUGCUCCACAACCGCCCGGCCGAACUCGUCCCAGAGACGGUGGGCCCCGGCGGCGGCACGGCGCCUCAGUCGGUCGCCCACUUCAUCAACGUCACCACGCUGGUGAACCCCAUGGGACACCAGCUGGAGGCCCCAACUCUGGCCUGGAGGCCUGUAACGGCAGCUGAAGGCAGCCAGGUCACCCCCGUGGUGGAGGGUGCCCAAGAGGGUCAAGAGGUCCAGAGUCAAGGCCAGGAGCCAGGCCGGCCCCUCCAGAGCCAGCCACCCACCUCGCAGCAGCAGAGCGGCUCUGCGCAGCAGAUGUUCAGCUACUAGAGAGGAGACUGGAGGUGCUGGUCACCUCGCACUCAGACGUUGUUAUAUAGUAGAGUAGAGAUUUUAUCACACUGUACACAGCUUUGAUCACGCUCACCCAGAUGCCUCUCCAGCCCCGUGGAAGUGAAUGAAAAUUGUGACGAUUUUUUUUUUCUUCUUUUUUUAUACUGAUGAAACUGAGUGGUUGUUGAUAAUUAACAUAUUUUUAAAAAAAAGAGAGAAAGGGUACAUCGAGCCAAAUUCACUGACGCUCCUCCGGAUGAUUUACAUUUCAGACCAAAGCAACGUGUUGAAUAUUCAAAUGCCUUACCAGCCUUUUUAAAAAAACAUGCAUGUUUUCAAGUGGAACCCGCUGCUCGAAAAAAAAAAAAAAAAAAGAAUAUGAAAAUGUACCAACCUGAAACAAAGAAGGUGCGGUCGACAGUUUAAGUGAAAAUACUUCUGCCAGGUUUAGUAGUAGUAGUUGGCAUAUUCCUAAAAGUGGCUCACACAUGAAAUGAUAUUUUUGAACGCUGUAAACUGUAAUUAUUGUUGAACUGUCUGGAAAAAAUACUGGAAGAGUUUUUGUACUGUUAUUUUUAAACAAAAUGCCUCUUAAAAUGUUUGUCCUUU